UGUUUUGGCGGGACAUAGCGAAAUUGUUUUGAAUCCGUCGAAGGCCUUUCUUUCGUGUUGUGACACAGAAAUCUCCCUCGAAUCAGCAAAAUUUUGGUCCACAUUUGGGGCGCGAUACAUUUUUUUACCUUGUGGCUCAUUAACGUAAUUGAACAAACAACGUACAAAUCAUGGAGGAAACUGUGAGAGAUGGACUGAUUCAGUUUUUAGAGCAGAAAGUACCUGCGGAAACUUUAAAUUGUGUAGAUGACAUUGUUCUCUGUUAUAUUGUAAAUGUCCUGGAACAACUUGGUGAAGAUGAGGAGUUUGAUGUGGAUGAAUUUGCUGAAAUAAUGGCUGCUUACAUCCCAGGGUUUGAUGCAGUCAAUAGGUGCUUUGUUGUCUUGACUUGCAAGGAUGCUGUUCAAAGUUGGAUGCUUGACUUGGCAGACAAGUUAGUCAAGACUAGAACUUCAAGGAAUGCAUGUAGUAUCUCCACAGCCUUCCCCAAAGAUGCUUACACUGUGACAAGAGAGGACAAUCAUCACAGAUCAUUGGCCAGUUUAGAGGCAGAGAGUGUUCAAAGUAGUGAUCUUGCUAAAGAUCAUCAAAUAAUAACUUCACUGGGACACUCUAGUUCAGAUGAACAGGGUGUAAACAGUCCCCUAGUUGAAAGUACCAAGGUUCAACCUUUUUCAAAGAAUGGAUGCAACCAAGACUUCAAAGCAGAGAAAAAUAUUGAACUCAAAGAGAAUGCAGGCAAUGCAAGCCUAAGUGAAGAAAUUUCGAUGCUAACAGAGAUGUUUCCUGAGGCCUGUUCUUUAGAACUACAAAACUGUCUGAUGGUGGCAAAUGGCGAUGUUGAGUCUGCUGUACAAGUGAUGCUAUUAAAGAAAGAAGACAUCGAUAAAGAAUGGAAGGAGAACAUUCAUCAGACUGUAGACCAUGUUUCUCCAAAGGUAUCCUUUUUCGUCUGUCAGAUUUCUCAAAUUGAUGAAAAGAAACUGGUUCGAUAUCGAGACAAUCAAGUCGUUAGCACUAAGGGUGAGCGUUUUUCUUUGGUGAAGCAAGAGGAAUCUGAGGAAAUGAAGAAGACAUAUGUGAACAUCAAACCGGCACGGAAAUAUCGAUUCCACUGAUUUUUCAUUCUCUACACCGAACUUGGGUGAUCUGAACCCGAGCAGAAGACCUGCAAGCCUUUUACACAUAUGUGAUGACAGGAAACUUGCACGGUGCGGACAGGCGAACUCAACUGCAGUCUUCUCGACACGGAUUUGACGUCAAGUUCAACUUCUAAAGUUUUGAACGUCGCAAAAUUGAAAGCGAUCUGGGACAGAGCGAAGGACGAUCGAGCCUUAAUCGUGAUUAAGUGAUAUAGAGAUGAAAAGGAUUGCUUUUGAGGGCAACUAAUAGAUAAUAAAUCACCUGACUUAAUGAACCUGGGCCAUUACAGGUUUUGUAAUCUUCUGCUUUCUCCUUCGCAAAGAUGAAAUACAAUUUUAAUUUUGUUUACCUAAAGAAAUCGCCGUAAGCGACAUUAGUCGCGGUAAAUUUGGUCAUAGCUCGAUGUGAAUCUCUCUUUAUUUACAUUUGCUAUUUUUAAUCGUUUUAUUUAAACUUUAUCACUUUCCGUAUUUGUUCCUUGUAACGUGGCGUAACACAGUUCACAACUUCUUUUUCACUCUGCGUGGGUUUCAAGAUUGUCUCGAUUUUCAAUGCGUGCAAUUGGUUUUUCUUUUUUGAUGGUAAAGCUCUUGUCAAUUUUUGACAAUGUUAUAUUUGCUUUUGUGGUGAAAUCCUAAUGUAUACAGCUGCACCUUCUAAACAGAUUCUACGUCGUUACGUUGGCAUUUGUCAUUUACAAGCAAUAAUACGAAUUUUAAUACAUUUUUAACAGUAUAAGAUUUUAUUUCCUCUUGUUUAUACGGCCAGUACAAUUAAAAUCUGAAUUGCGUGGCAAGCUUUCUAUCUUGUGCAUAUACUGUAGCCUUUGAUAGCAACUGGAAAGGAUAGUUUGAAAGGAAGUUUUGACUAUUUCGUUAAGUGUAUAUUCAUCUUGGUGAAAGACAGCCAUCUUAAUUAAUACCCACCACAUUUCAAAAUCUUAGUUUAAAAGCGUACUUAAGCUGUAUUUUAAUAUUUCGCUGAUAUUUUAAAUGCGUCGUCCUGGCAUCUGCCUUUUUAUUUUUGAGAUGAAGGUCAGUAAAUUGUAUUAAGUAAAACUUAAUCAUCAUCUGUUUUGAUAUGAGUGUAAGAGGAACUGAAAUCUUUUUUUUUUAAUCUUUUUUUUUUCCCUAAUUCAAAAAUCGAGACUUCGUUUCAUUAACCUUUCCAGCUGUUCUUUGUUUUACAAUUCGGUAAAUAAACGAGUCACCCUUGCAUUA